GAUGUUUCCAUACACACCUAUAUUAUGCACCGUGCUACAGGCUGUCAUUCGCACGUGGUUUUGUUGUUUUUCGCUCCAAAAAUACAUGCGCACUAACGGUUCGAAUUGAGUGUUUUGAAAAAUCUCGAUAUAUAUCGAUUAUGUUUGAACGCUGCACGCUCUUAAGUUUCUGUAAAUGGAAUUGAAAUUCAGAAAUUUUCACGAAUCAUACAUUGAAUCGACAAUAAACAAUGGUCAACUUGGAAUUGUACAGAUCCAAAUUGGAAGAAAUUCGUCGAAAAGCACGGGAGAACGAUGUUUCUGAAAAAGAAAUCGACAAAAUGUUGAACAACUCGUUUCGCAUUCUUGAACUGAAAAGGAAACAACGUGGCGCAUCUUGUUGCACAAUAUCAACAAUUUCACUUCUAUUAAUCAUAAUAGUUUCCCUAAUUUUUUUCGAUCGACGAUUUAUUUCCGUCAUGAUAAUGCGAAAUUUGCAAAAUUCUAUUUACCCAGGCUUGAAAAUGCUCCGAAAAAUAGCUGUGCCUAUAGUUCAGCAUUAUCCUUCUUUAUCUGAAUUUUAUGACGAAUGGUGCAUUUUGGAGAACCCGUACUUCUAUGUAAACGACAUUGAUUGCUGGCCUUGCAGCGUAGUCAAUUUUGUGCCUGACCUAACUGGUCAUCAUAUAUCCAGAUCCUUCAAUCCUGGAAUGCCCUACACGAAAACUGAAAAUUUCUCAGAGAUUCAUUUCAAAGAUUUGAAACAAUUAUUCUGGGAAAAUCAUGAUACAUUCGAAAGAGAUGCAAUGGAAAUCUACUCCAACAAUUUGACUUACAAACAUAUUAGAGAUGUUAUGGAGAGCACGAUAGAUUCACAUCCAUCUCGUAAUUUGGAUGAUCAUGUUACAUGGAGAGUAAAUCGGAUGACAGCAGGAAGAGUUGUAAGAAAGUUAUUUCCUGUGCCAGCUGACACACCAGUUUGGUGGGAACAGAGCACGGAAAAGUUUAUUAUUAUCGAUGAACAGAGAUCUCCACCUUACGCUUUGCCAAAUCCCGAGUGCAGCAACGUGGCAAUAAGAUGCACAUCUGGCACUAGAUUAAUAAAGAUGGUAGCAAGUUUAGAAUGUACUGGCUCAUGCGUAUCCUUCACGGUUUUAUUAACUGCUGGCAAAAUUCUAUGGUACAAUUGGUGGUAUUGGCGCCCAGUUAGCCUACCUGUAUCGAAUUCAACUAGUAUUUCUAUCAAUUACAUAAUCUCCUUUUGCUAGUUAUUUUACAGAGUCGGAAAAAAUCGGUUUUUGUAUAAUUACAUCGCUAAGAAUUUUUCAAUAAAUGUAUAAUGCGUUUCA